AAUUAAUAUGACACUAAACAUCACUGAAAAUAGUGAGCGAGAAGAGAAGCUCUUGCGUUUUUUUUGUUUUGUUUUGUUUUUAGGCGCUGACAGCAAAAUCUGACUGUUAUUCCUUAGGUUUCAAACCUUUGAAACUUUUAUUCCUAUUGAACGCCAUUGUAACUGCACAAGCAAUGUCCCUUUGUGUCAUCAGAGUGACACACAACCCCGAAAUAUUCUUAAACAGGAAUACCGAAAAUACAGCACUAACCAACAAAUUAGCACCACAAUUACUACGCAUCUCAUAAAUAUUUCAGUAUAAAUACAUUUCAUGUGUUUCAAAGUGGAGGUUUCCUUUAAAAUGGUGUGUUAGAUGCCCGUGUAUGUGAAUGAAAUAUAGGGCACGAUAUUCGAAUAUAACUGAUAAACACAGUUAUUUAUACCUUAUAGUUAUCUAUAUAGAGAAGUGUGAGGCUGAGUGUGAUCACAUCUCAUCUCUGUCUAAGCUUUAACGAUGAAUCGUGUGUGUAAGUGUGUGCAGUGGAACGCUCACACGCUCCAGUUGAUGUCAGGGGAUGGCCCAGCUGAAUAGUUGCCUAGCAACAGCAGAGUGUGCGAGAUAGAAAGAGAGAAAGAGAGAGAGAGAGGGAGAGAGAGAGAGAGGAAGGAGUGGCCAGAACUCAACAACUGUUGGCAGAUCGUUGGCGCCCUGUGUGUGUGUGCGCGUGUUUGAACGUGCCUGGUAACGGCGUGCGAGCUUAGGAGCAGUGUGUAUGCAUGUGUUUUCUUGUAUCUGUGGGUGUGUAAGCUGUGAGACGCUCUGAGCCGGUGCGUAUAGGAGGUGGGCUGCAGAGGGUGCAUGUGUGUACGUGUGUGUCUUGCGGAUUUUGAUCUUUUGGUCUCACCUGUUGGAGCAAGAGGAGGACGAGCACUGGAUGUCCACGGACGAUGGAGGGAUGAGAGACGGAGGGAGGGACCACUCCAUCCUGACAUCUAGGAGUGGUGAUGAGAGCGUCGUUACGCUGCCCUGCCUGUUGUACCCUCUUGACUCUGAAAUGGACAGCAGCGCGGGGUCCGAGUCAUCUGAUGUUCGUCAUGACGACAAAGAGGAAGUCCUUGGUGGACUGUUUCUGCCUGGAAACAGUUCGUGUCAGCUUGGCUCAUCGGCAGCAGCUUCUGUAAUUUCAGCGGAGGAGCAGUUUGAAGAUUACGGAGAAGGAGAAGAUGUAGAUUUUAUUCCUAGUAGCCCCUGUGCUGACGACGACACACGGACUAAUGGAUUUUCUGAUCUGGGCUCCUCACUGCCUUCCAGUGCUGGACAUACACCUCAGAAAAUCCGACACUUUUACAACAGUGAGCUGCUGGAUGUUUAUUGCUCUCAAUGCUGUAAGAAAGUGAACUUGCUCAACGACCUUGAGGCUCGACUCAAAAACCUCAAAGCCAACAGCCCAAAUAGGAAGAUCUCCAGCACAGCUUUUGGACGACAGCUUUUCCAUCACAGUAAUUUCAGCAGUAGUCAUGGCAGCACUGAAGAUUUAUUCCGCGACAGCAUCGACUCCUGUGACAUUGAUAUCACCGAGAAGGUGAGUUACCUGGAGAAGAAGGUGACAGAGCUGGAGAAUGACAGCCUGGCAAACGGAGACCUGAAAUCCAAACUGAAACAGGAUAACACACAGCUGGUUCACAGGGUACAUGAGCUGGAGGAGCAGAUUAAGGACCAGGAGGCACGAGCAGAGCAAAAUUUGGAGGAGGAGCUGAAGAGACACCGAGAGAUUUACAGCAAGAUGGAGAAAGACAAGAGCAACCAAAUAGAGCUUCUCUCUAACAGAGUACAGCAGCUAGAGGAGGAGAACUCCGAGAUGAAGGUGAACGUUUGCCGAUUAAAGUCUCAGACUGAGAAACUGGACCAGGAGAAGCAGCGCAUGACUGAUAAACUGGAAGACACGAGCCUGCGUCUAAAGGACGAGAUGGAUCUGUAUAGGAAGAUGAUGGACAAACUGUGGCAGAACAGACACGAAUUUCAGAAAGAACGAGAGGCCAUGCAGGAAUUGAUAGAGGACCUGCGUCGGGAGCUGGAGCAUCUGCAGCUGUUUAAGUUAGAAACGGAGAAACCUGGGCGUGGUAGAAACUCCCUGUCUGAAUUCAGCGCUAGAACACGCGAGAUCGAGCUCGAGCAUGAAGUUAAACGUCUGCGACAGGAAAACCAUAAACUGCGUGACCAGAACGACGAUCUGAAUGGACAGAUUCUCAGUCUCAGUCUGUACGAGGCUAAAAACCUCUUUGCUUGCCACACUAAAGCUCAGAGUCUCGCCACCGAGAUUGACAACGCAUCCAGAGACGAGCUGGUCGAGGCUCUGAAGGAGCAGGAGGAAAUCAACUUCCGCCUCCGGCAGUACAUGGAUAAGAUCAUCCUGGCUAUACUGGACCACAAUCCCUCCAUCCUGGAAAUCAAGCACUAGACCUGUCCUGAAGAAGUAAAGGUUGGCAUUUUGUGCCACCUUGUGGCUGGGGGAGUGAGGCACACCAACAUUUCCACCUCACAUCUGGAUCAGGAGAUCCAUUUAAAAAAAAACAAAUGACACAUCUAGAAUAUCAUGUAAAAUGUAUUCUUCGUUAUACACUCAAUAUUGUGUACAUACACUCCACUCGAGUCUAAUAGUCGAGUUGCACUGAGAACUGUUUCGAUUGCGUCAGAUAUCUCACACUGCUACGUGAUGUUGUUCCUCACUAAAAUCAGUCCAGGAUGGUUUGUUGUUAUUGGCUGAAAGCAGCAGGGACAAUAAAGCAGAAGACAAAUAGCACUUUGCUAACCAUAUAGCACCUUUGCCAACGUCUAUUCUAGAACCAUUUCUCUGCUUUUCCAUCACUAAACAGCCGCUGAUGUCAGUGAACCAAUAUGAAACACUUAAAAGACAACAUUGCUCUAUCCAUCAGCCUGCUUCUUACUGCCAUCUGAUUUUUACUACGUCAGCAUGCACAGGUACAUGUAGUCUCAUUUGGUACCAAAUCCAAUCUAAUCCCUGUAGAUAAAUUCAUAAUCUAGCUGUACAAUAUCUAGAACACCAUGUUGCACUCUGAAAUAUGUCACGUUAACAGAAGAAAUAUGAUUUCCAUUAGAUUUCCAUCGUCUUGAGGUUUAUAAGAGUUUAAAAUCUGUUGUAAAAUGUAUAGAAAUGAAUCCGCUCCUAUAAAAAAAAGGUUCACUGCUGCUUCAGUGAGGCAGCACCAGCCAUAAUCAGUUAUUAGACCUUUUUAUUAUUAUUAUUAUUAUUAUUAUUAUUAUUAUUAUUAUUAUUAUUAGACAGGGUUCUUUUGCAUCUUACGCCAGAUGAGAAAGGUUUGGACCCCUGAUAUAGCUGCACGUGACUGUAGAAUGGACCUUCGGGGAAUUUUUUUUUUUUUGUGGCAAUAAGAGACAAGAGAGGACGUACAGACAGCGUAGCUUGUGUCCUGAAACAGACUGAUGUCCAUCAUGGAUUCUAGCAAAAAUAAAAUAAAAUAAAAUAACAUUUUAUAACAAUAACAAUAACAAUGUUGGCCAUUUAUUAUUAUUAUUAUUGUUAUUAUUAUUAUUAUUAUUAUUAUCAUCAUCAUUAUUUUGUUAAUAAUAAUACUAAUAAUACUAAUACUAAUACUAAUAAUAAUAUGCAUUAAACAAGUUUCCACAGUGAUUCAAAAAAACAUAUACAUAAAACUAUUUCAUAGAAUAAAUGCAAUAGAAUUAAAGACGAACAAGAAAAUAAACCAAAGCACAAGCUACGUAAUGAGAGUUCACUGACAGAUCAAUAGACAUGUGCCGAUAGGAUUUUUUAAAAAAUUGAAUUGUCUAACUUUUAAGCAUUGUUUACAGUAUUGUCAGAACAUUUCUGUACGUUCAGCUGCACCUGUGUGAUUGCGCCUGUGUGGUUUCAGUUAGCUCUUGUAGUGAAGUGCAAACAGCUUAGCGUCUUACAGACACUGCUUGUCUAGUCAUGUUAGUUAGCUAAAUGCAAGCAGGGGUAUGAUUUCUGCCAGCUGACAAACACAAAGACGUAUCAGUCGCCUAAAUCGCUAAUUCCUGAUUCAGUGUUAGUUCUAGUCGCCUUGGUUUUCAAUGGCGUGUUCAUCUGUGAGAUUUUUCUUUCUUUUUUUUUGUGCUGGUUAAUGUGUCAUGUUUCUGAAGCUACAUUUAACAGGCAACUCAACAGCAACUAGCAUACAUUUACUCGGUGCUAAUCAAAGUAGCUAAGAAAUAUUUUUGUGUGUAUUCUUCCUCAGUCUGGCAAAUGGACAGAAUUAUGGGACACAUGCCUCCUUUAAUAUCCCUUCGAACUUGUCCAAAAAUAUGGAGUGGCCUCGUUCCGAUAUCAGCUUAGGAGAAGUGAUGACAUUGUGAUGCUUUUCGGAUUUUGAUAUUAUGCUUGUUGUAUCGUUUAACCGAUGAUCGGCACAUGGCUACACGUUUGCACAAAACGUAGCGUUUACAGGUUGUUGUAUGUCUGCAAGUGGAACUGGAUACAUCCGUCUUUAUUUUAAGAAAGAAAGACACAGGAUGUGUGUAAAUUCUAAGAUUAUUUUCAUACAUUAGUGUAAAAGAUGUUGAAAUGAACCCCAAGACAGGCCUCUGUCUCUUUCUGCGUAGUUCACAAAAAAUAAAAAAAAAUUAUUUUUCUAAUCCUCGUUUUUCAAAUAAGGAAUAAGUGGUUGCUGUUCUAGUAAGAAUAUUAAUUAGACAUGACAAUACAGGUGUGUAAAAGUACAUUAGACUAUUUAACUUACACACCUACAGCAUUCCUCUUACAGCUAAUAAGCACCAAUUACAUUUCAAUAUGAAAUCAGAGGAAGCUGUGUGUCAGUAAGUAAAAUAAAGACUAACUGACCUUUCAGCAAUAAAAUACUUAAUAUUUCAUUUGUGGGGUUUAGAUCUGUCCAUAACAGCUGACUGGACUUAUUUUAUUCUGCUAGUGUGCUAGCUACUUACCACAAUAUGACUCGGUAGCUAUGUAAUUCAAAGUAUUGGACUAUACACAUAUUGAUGUUGCUGAUAAAGUCAAGUGCAUCCUUAUUUAAAAAAAAAAAUUAAAUAAGCAUGCACUUGACUUUAUCAGCAAGAUCAAUAUGUGUAUAGUCCAUGCACAUUUCUCCCUUUUGGUUGGAAGUGUACAGUCACAUGAUGUCGUGAGGAGAAGCCGACAAGGGCGAGUUAUAAAAUACAGGGUAGCUUUAAGUGGACUUUCUUCAGCAUGGCUCUAUAUAAACUAUAUGGCCAAAAGUUUGUGGACACCUAACCAUCACACCCAUAUGUGCUUGCUGAACAUCCCAUUCCAGAGUUAUUCCCCUUUUGCUGUUAUAAUAAGCUCCACUCUUCUGGGAAGGCUUUCCACUGGAUUUUGGAGGGUGGUUGUGGGGAUUUGUGUUCAUUCAGCUACAAGAGUAAUAUUAGUGAGGUCAGGUACUGAUGUGAAGUGAGGAGGUCUGGGGUGCAGUCAGCUUUUCAAUUCAUCCCAAAGGUGUUCAGUGGGGUUGAGGUCAGGGCUCUGUGCAGGAAACUCAAGUUCUUCCAGUCCAACCUUCUCAAACCAUGUCUUCAUGGAGCUCGCUUUGUGCACAGGGGCAUUGUCAUGCUGGAACAGGUUUGGGCCUCUUAGUUCCAGUGAAUGGAAAUUAUAAUACUACAACAUACAAAAACAUUCUAGACAACUCUGUGCUUCCAACUUUGUGGCAACAGUUCGGAGAAGAACCACAUAUGGGUGUGAUGGUCAGGUGUCCAUAAACUUUUGGCCAUAUAGUGUAUGUCUUCAGUGUGGUCAUGCCUCUCAUUAAGGUGUCAUGUCUAUUUAAACUGAGUCGAGCGCUGUGAUCUUUGAUUGCUAAUUUAAUCUAAAUGAAUUCCUCCUUGAUAAUUCAGAUACAUAAAUCAUGAUGGCCAUAUUUUAAAAUUCUCACUACUCACAAAUUUAUCGGUAUCAGUAUACUCUCGAUAUUACUAUUAGCUUGAAAAAGAAAGUCAGUGGUAUUGCCCAUCUAUACUGAAUUGAAUUUCGCAGCUGUCACUUCGUAAUUGUUGUAAUUACAACAUUGUGAACAUACCAAGAAACUAGCAUUUUAGUAAAUAUGCUAACCCAUAACCCAUCAACAGGCUAAAACACGAGCUUAUUUAUAGUAAACUAUAGCAAGUGAAAUAAAAAACAUGCGUCUUGCAAAAAGAAAGGUUCGAUUCUAGCUUGUUUUAGCUAUCUAGUGAGGCUAAUGCGAUUAAAGACGAGACACUGCAGUGCAAUCGGCUCAUUUAUGGUCAUGUGUAUGCCUUGUACGCCAUGUGUACGCCUUUUAAAAAUGGGCGUGUCCCUUUUGGUAAGAUGAAUACUCAUAUUCAUAAUCAGUCAUAUUUGAAUAUACAAUCAAAUGUUCAACUGGAAAAAGUGCUCUCACUGUAAAUGCCAUGAAUGUAUCACCUCUGUUUUUUAUCACCGUGUAACAUUUGUUUUUUUAUUUAUAUAUUAAAAUGUUACGUGAAUGACAGUAUUGCAGAUGACUGUGUAGUUCAGAUUACUGCUGUACACAGAAACGCACACUACUGCACAAAUCGCAUGUGAUUAGUCUGUCAUACGUUUGUGCCUAUAUUUCUGUCUUUUAAUAACGUCUGAUUUUACUAGGAACUUUUUUGUAUAUACAUAUAUACUUCCUUCACUUAUUUGCGUUGUAGCAUUGCUCUAAACUGUACAAACAGUUUGUAUGUACGUACCACACACACACACAUCCUAGCUAAAGAGCAAAUGAUGGUUGUUUUUGUUUUGUUUUGUGUUUUAUGAUUUAAAAAAAAAUGUAUGAGGCAUGUAUGAGACAUUUUCAUUAACAUUAGCACCAUUUCGCUGUUGUAAAGAUGUAGUGAUAUCAGAGAAAAGCCUACUGUAAUUCUCUAGAGCUCACGCAUUAGUGUGUGUGUGUGUGUGUGUGUUUAGGCUGAUCUAUACAGCAAAGAGGUUUUUUGUAAUUACAGCUGAAUCCUCAUAUACUAAGAUGAAAAAAGUGCUAUCAUUAAUUGAACUUAUUUUAGGCACUUAGGAAUAAUGUCUCAUCAGUACAUUAGAUAUUUGCGCAAAUGAAGUCCCGUGUUUGCACUAAUAACUCAGCACAUAGAUCAAUACAGGUAAUUAUGUUUUAUUAUUAUUAUUAUUAUUAUUAUUAUUAUUAUUAUUAUUAUUUUGUAAAUGCCAAACAAAACACUUUCACUAACUGAUCAUUUUAGCAAUGUUUGUUUUUGUACUGAUUUGAUAGAUGGUUGCUCACCUGUCACCACACACAGGCUAAACUUUUUUGUUUUUGUUAUAUAAAAAAAGAAAAGAAAUCAAUGUUAAUGAUCUAGUGACAAACUGCAAAUGGAAAACUAUAAUAAAGCAUUUGCAUUGGCAUGA